AUGGCAGCCCUGCGUGUGCUUCUGCUGCUGCCGUGUCUGCUGCUGCCCACCCACACUGCCCCUGUUGCGGAGAAACAUGGCGGCUCAGACCUGCGGUGUCCUCUGACAGUGAAGAUCCUGGACGCGGUUCACGGGACUCCAGCUGGACCCAUGAGCUUGCGGGUGUUCAGGAGGAACACGGACGAGACCUGGACCCUGGUCGCCUCAGGGUAA